UUUAUUGCAGCCAAUGACAAGCUGUGGUUCUGGCUGGAAGUGAACUCCGUAGUAGAUUUCUUCACGGUCCCCCCAGUGUUUGUGUCUGUGUACUUAAACAGAAGUUGGCUUGGUUUGAGAUUUUUAAGAGCUCUCAGACUGAUACAGUUUUCAGAAAUUUUGCAGUUUCUGAAUAUCCUUAAAACAAGCAACUCCAUCAAGCUGGUGAAUCUCCUGUCCAUAUUUAUCAGCACGUGGCUGACUGCUGCGGGGUUCAUCCAUCUGGUGGAGAAUUCAGGGGACCCAUGGGAAAAUUUCCAAAACAACCAGGCUCUUACAUACUGGGAGUGUGUCUACUUACUCAUGGUCACGAUGUCCACCGUCGGUUACGGGGAUGUUUAUGCAAAGACCACGCUUGGGCGCCUCUUCAUGGUCUUCUUCAUCCUCGGGGGACUG